AUGAAAGCUGGUGUUUCUCAGGUUAUUGUAGAUACGUUUGUGGUGGCUUGUCUCGGUCUUGCCGGAGCCAUUAUUGGUCUGGAGUACGCUUUGGACGGUGACGAAGCCGCCUGCAGCGAACUCACCAACGGCAAGGACGAGGUUGCCGACGAUGCCGUUCGGGCACACGUGAGUGCAACGUGGCGCAGCGCUGCACUUUCGCGGGGUAGCGCAAGUGCCUGGCGGGACCUGAAACUGUUUUUAGACGAGCACGUCGCACCGGAGCUACCCAAGAUGUUCCGUUUGAUCGGACAGCAUUGGCUGACCCCGAAAACUGCCUGGUUGUGGUCCGUGGUAAGCAGCUGGCGGGCAAUCGCCUGA